UCCUAAGACCAACAAAUAGCAUUUUUGCAUGAAUUUUUGUAGUGGCCUGAUUCAUAAGUUGAUAAAAUUUGCUUUGUUUUUGACAGGGAAAACUACAAAAACAACGUUCUCCACUAAUUUAUCGUCUGAGGCUGGGCAUGUUUUUAUUUCUUUGGCAAAUCGAGCCUCGGUCUUCUAAUAAAAUGCUUUCUUAUAAAAAAUUUAUUUUGUAAACAUGCAACAUUUUCAGAUUUUUUGUUCUUGUCGGGAAACAACAGUAGCGAUUAACGAGUAAGGCACUUGGUAACGAGGAGUGCACUCGUAGGAAACCAUAUUCUAUGAAGAGGCGGAGCUCCACAAGCUAGUUUGACUUGGAUUGUAUUCACCUUCAGAUCAUAUUGAAAUUAAUGAGCAAUGUUCAUAGGAAGUAGAACAGAGAGGUAAUAUUGGUUUAUUGGUGCAGAGGAGAGGUUGUUAUCUCUGUAGAAUAUAGGGGGUCUGGUGAAAAUGGAACAAUGAUGGCAACGCGAACUAGCUAAUGAAACAAAUGCCACACACAAUAUAUUUGUGAAAAUGCCAAUUUUUUUAUGAAAAACUGGACCGGUUUUUGGCUGCAAGGGCGAAUUGGUCAAGUGACGUUUUUGUUCUUGGGAAAAGAAUAUGUCUAGCCAAAGGUUAAAUGAAACAAAUGAGUAAUGAUUGAAAAAGUAAUUAAAACUCACGAGAAACUAAUAAAAAUAUAAUUAAGGUCAACUCGUCCGUCAUUUUCACAUUAAGCAAGAAUAAUAUAGCAAUACUUUACAAAUUUGAUCGAUAAUGAAUGCUUGGGAAUAAAGAAGAUGUAGAAAUACGUUUAAUGUUUCCGUUGCGUCCUCCGAUUGGCCAUUGGGUCGUUUGGCUGUGUGAUCUUCGCUUACUUUGAAAUUGUUUCUCAAGGCUGCAGAGGGUGAGAAAAGAUGACAACCAAGUCUAGCGAUAAAAUCUGCCUAAGUGCCAGAGAAUCUUGUCCGCCUCCUGCCUACGUUGGGCGGCACAACCAUGGUUUUGAAAGCGAUGUAGAGGCCGAUUGUGGUGAUAGAAUACGACAUGUUCACGUUGGAAGAGGACAAGAGCCGAACGGGAAACCAAUUAGCAAUGGAGCGACAGUGAAAAGUAAGAAGAUUCACUCGAUAUGUUUAUGCACUGCCUCAGUUUACCCUCACUACCACGGCGAAACUAUCAUCGAUGACAACGUGUAUGACGAAAUACUGAUAAUCGACCCAAAGGAACUGCAGACAACAUCGAACAAGAACGUGCGUUUUAAAGGACAAUGCUUGCGACUCUGUAAGUUCUGCAUUUUGAUAUUUGUGAUUCUAGUUGGCCUAGCAUGCGGUCUAUAUGGAGUAGCACACUAUUUCAUUGUGAAUAAAAAUGGGGAUGCCGUAAUGUCAAAUGGAGAUGUCAAGUUAUUGCAGUAUUCCACUUAUUUUUGCGAGGGAAUCAAAGCAGAGCCUUCGGAAAUCCAAAGGUCUCUCGUAGUAUUGGAGAAAAAGGUCGGCCAUGCGGCAAACUUCUUUUACAACAUGUCACUUUCACUCACACUAAGCCCACAACAGAGAACAUAUGAGCAGGGCUUUUAUGCAAUCGAGCAAGGAGUGAUGCGCAUUAUCAUAGAAACCGAACAAGAUGUCGAUGUGCUAAUUUUUGAUACAGAGAGCAAGCUGAAUAAUUGGAAAAAUAACAAACAGUAUGCAGCGUAUAACUUCAAAAGACGGUGUUGCAAAGACAUAACGAUAAACCGAGGUUUAUACAGUUUCAGGGCAGAACAGGACCGGCGUGCUUUCUUUGUUGUUUACAGCGAUGGACCGGACAACGCUAAUAUCAAUCUGACAUUAUCAUUUGAAAGGUCGUUCAUUGACUACAAGCGAAACAAUGUCAACUGCUUUGCUGAUGUCAAGAAGAGCUGCACUGUUCCCAUCUCGUUUGCGUCUGCUGAUAAAGUUGUUGUUCAAGUGCCGAGGACAUCGACCUUGUUGGACUCGCAGAAAGUCGAAUGGAGCUGCGAGGCACGUGUCUGGUUCUACGUUUGCGUGUUCUUAGGAAUUUUUAUAGCAGUCAUUAUCAUAAUGUGUUUCAUUUACUGCUUGUUGAGCUGCUGUUUUUGCGAUCCUUGUUGUUGCUGCUUUUGUUGCUAUAUUGUAGCUAAAGAAGAGAAAAGCAACCCUAGAGUGGUGCAGUACCAUUGUGGCACAUUGCGGCAAGAACCCCACUAUGUCUCUCGAACACCAAGAGGCCCAAGGGCAAGACAAAUCGAGGGCAUUCGCCGGCACGACUCCAACUCCUCCAUUAUGAAACAUGGUUACACGACCUCAGAUACGAGCGAUACGGAGGGACGGGAAAGUAGCAGGAGACAUCAGCUGAGCAGGAGGAGCAGCACAACAACAACACACAGCAUGGUUAGCAACCAUUUAUCCCGGAGGAGAAGUAGCAGUAGCAUUGGCAGUGAUCUGAAACGAGGCAUGUGCGUGGAUGAAAGCUACGAGGAACUGCACCCACCUGACGCAGAAUGGGUAGGCGCACGGGGAGCAGUGGCAAACGGCAAACUAAGUGUUAGGCUUGAUGAUGUCGAUGGAAUGGACGAUCCUAAGGGUUUAAAAAGGGCGAAAAUGUCUCGAAGGGCGCGAAAGGGAGUUCGAAAAGAAGAAAGCAACGACGAAUACUCGGAUAUUGAAGCACGACUCAGAAUGAAGAAGGCACAGUUCUCCGAUUCUGAAGGGGAGGAAGGGAAUGCACAAGAUCAUGUGGCCCGCAGGAACAUGGAGCAGGCUCUCAAACAAGCGCCCUUUUCUGAUGAUGAUGAUGAUGAUAAUGAAUACGAUUACACGUAUGACGUCGUAGGAUUCCAAGUACCAGGUCCAUCAAAGUCAACUGCUGAUAAGAUAGACGCACUUCCACUGGGACCAUCGGGGGCACCCCCAGAAGCGCCCCCCAAAUCAGCUGCCAGCAUCAAAGGAAAACCAGGCCUAAAGGCGGUAAAGAGUCUGGAAAGCCUUGAGAUUUUACCCAACGGAAUGACAAGAGCAAACGUCGAUAGGCUGCAAAAGUCAAAAUCCGAUGUGAUGCAGAAAAAUCCCAGGGUGAGGAAGCAUUCGCCUAUGACGCCACGCAUUAUCGUUUUGAAUGGGACAAGAGAAAUGUACAACACUUGUGACAGAAGACGGAGUAAUGACGUCAUUGAAAAUGGGCUGGGAAAUAGGACAAUCAGUCUGGAUUCUGGCUUGGAGCGAAUCGAUGGAAACAAAGGUCCAAAAAUCAGACCAGCCGCAGAUGUUAAGUUUUGACAUUUCAUUCCAAAUACUUUUACUUUUGUCGAUGACAAAGACCUGCGAACUGAGCAGCUUCGUUUAUAUAAUCAUUCUUGUAUCUGCAAAUUUAUAGGCAGACUUUAGAAUUUAAGAAUGUCAGUUCUCAUAAGUGUUGCAUUCAUAUAUCGUAUACAUCACUUAAACUACUCUUCAGAGUAAGUUUAAUCAUUGUCAUUAUCAAACUUAUUUAGUACUGACUGAGUCUCGUUUCGGAGCUCAGAAACUGUUUUUUGAAGAAAACUGUUAUUUUCGGGCUUAAAAAACAAUACAGACAGAUCCCUCGCUCAAGGGGGAGAGUAGUGGUGUGUGUCCUGACAGACUUCCAAAAUUUGGCUUUCAGACGACCUUUUGCAGUAAAUUCGCCACUCUCACGUAUAUAUACCUCUACAAGUAUAAAAUUUGAUAAUACGAAAAUUUCCAAAGCAACCCCACAAAACCCCCAAAUUGUAUUCGGUAUCGGAUACUGGUAUUAAAGCUUAAAAUAUAAGAUUUUCUUUAAUUGGUUAUGUCGAUUUAUUUUGAUAAUGAUUAAUGUCGCACCUAUGUUUAGUUUAAGGUAUUUAGGUAGCACUUAGUGCUGCUGCUUAUGCGUGAACAUUGACAUGCUUUAGGGCAGAUUCUUAGCAUAAUCCAUAAUGUAUAUUGCGUAAUCAAGAGUCAAUUUGUGCCAGCUAUUCAGUGGUCAUAGCUUUAAGCGCUUCUCGUUAGGUUUUGGGAGUUUUUGUUUACAUUGACAGCCUAAAAAAACAGUAACAAGAAACAUUCGCGUUACUUCUUGUUAAGAUAACAAUUACAAUGUAACCUUCAUUAUCCCCUGUUCUUAUUAUAUCAAUUUUUCCUUUUUUGUGACUCGUAACUCAUUGUUAAAGAAAAAAUCGUAAUUUUUGGGCGUAACGAGGCAAAUUUUAAUUUACUGACUGAUGGGGCAACCGCUCAAUUUGCUGCCCCAUCACUGAAAAUCAGACAAAUGCAAAAUCAGUUAAAUAUAUUCAAAAUUGGGCGAGAUAUGGCCAAUGAAAGAUUUCAAGUUUGCUAACGGAUUACUGUUAUUCUGGUCUGGUUCAUAAAGUUAUGAACCAAGACCAAAUUACAGAGGUUUGAUGGGGCAAGAGCCUGUGCUCAAGUGGCCAUAUCUCAGCCAAUUCGUAAUGCCUGUAACUGAUUUGGCAUAUUUAGAGGUAUUUCAUGAUGCUCUUUCAGGUUAUGGGAUCAAAAGUGAAAAAUUCUAAUAGAUUUUUGUGACAUCAUCACUUCGGUAUUCUUUAAGUCAAAAACUAUUAACGUGUUCGUAAAUAAUAGAACGGUGCUAAAAUAUAGCAGUACAACUCGAAUGGAG